AUGGCCACCAUCAAACAUGCUAGCCGAGAGGACAUCCCAGCAGUUCUUGGCAUGAUCCGCGAACUGGCCGACUACGAGCAUGAGCUUCACUCCGUCGAGACGACCGAAGCCAAGCUGCUCGAGACCCUCGCCCUUGCGCCCUCGGAUCCGUCUGCACCCCUCAGCCUCCCUGAUGGUCUGCCAAACACCGAGCCUACUUCACCAGCCAAGCCUGCUCGCUGCCUUGUCCUUUCCGAUCCAGACGGUACCACCUGUGGCAUGGCAUUGUACUUCUACAACUAUAGCACAUGGCGCGCCAGGCCAGGUAUCUACUUGGAGGACUUAUACGUGCGCCCUGCAUACCGCAAGAAGGGGUACGGCCUGCGGCUGUUAUCGACACUGGCAAGAGAAGUAAGAGCAAUGCAGGGCACUAGGCUCGAAUGGGCCUGCUUGAAGUGGAAUGAGCCCAGCAUUAAGUUCUACGAGAGUAUCGGGGCUAGACAGCAGAGUGAGUGGGUUGGCUUCAGGGUUGAUGGGGAUAACUUGGCGAAGCUGGCGGACAUGUCCAAGCCAUAG